AUGUAUGCUCAACCACCGCCUCAACAACAACCACAACAACCACCUGCAAAUCAACAGCAGCCUUUAGCAUCACAUCGCACAGGCACUGCACAACCACCUCAACCACCUCCAGGUUGGCGGCCGCCUCCUCGUCCUUCACCAUUUCAACAAGGUGCAAGGCCUGCAUUUCCAUCUGUACAACGCCCACCUGUAAAUGGACAAUCAGUACCCUUUCAACGACCACCGACUCCUGCAGGCAUUAGACCUGGUCAGGUCCCACCUCCUGGCACUGCACCUCAAUUCACAAGUCAAAGACCAUCUCUGACAUCAACUUCAAGCAAUUCUGCUUUAAAUUCUGGAUAUCAACAACAACUACAGCAACCAAAUGUUCCAAAUUCGCCUCAACCUCUACAAUAUCCUCCUACCAGACCUCCAAUUCCGCCCACCAAUGUUCGACCACCAGAUAGUGUUAACGUGGAUAAUGUAUCGAAUCAAAUGGAAACUUUAUCCAUAAAUCAAGGUUCUUCACAAUAUGAUCAAAUUCCAAAGACCAAAAAAGCUCCAAAUCGUGUAUACCAUCAUUUAACGACUGAAAUCAAUACUUCUGGAUACUCUGGCCCAACUGCAACACAACCUUUUGUGCAGCCAGCACCACCCAAUAUGUAUUCACCAUCAACCGCCAACAAUAUAAACCAACCUGGUCAGGAACCACCACCAAACUAUAAUUCCAUAGUGCCACAGCCAUCGCAUGUCCAAGGGAUGCAAACAAUGAUGCCUCCUCAAUAUAUGCAAACUGGACAAAUACCUGGUCCUCCACAGCCAUUACAGCAGCAACAACAACUACCGCAACCACCUCGUCCCAAUUCAAUGUCUGCACCUCGCGCAAGGAUCGACCCAAAUCAAAUACCUUCACCAGUAGUUGUUCAAGAGCAAGAUCAGACUGUGUUUGAUGAACAACCUUAUUUAACCUGCUCAAAAACAGCUACUAUACCACUUGCGAGCACAAAUUUUAAAGCUAUUGAUGAAGGAAAUUCGAAUCCACGUUUUAUGAGAUUAACAUUAUAUUCAAUUCCUAAUACCGAAGAUUUACUUCAAACAUCUCAUCUUCCUUUGGGCGUUAUUUUACAGCCACUGGCAAAGUUGAGAAAUGACGAAACACCAAUUCAAACAGUAGAUUUUGGAGAAGAGGGGCCAGUACGUUGUAGACGCUGCAAAUCUUAUAUCAACCCGUGGGUGAUAUUUCUUGAUGGCGGACAGCGUUACAUUUGCAAUAUGUGUCAAUUUUCUAAUGAAGUUCCUUCUGAAUACUUUUGUAAUUUGGACAUGAGUGGAAGACGAGCAGAUUUCGAUCAACGACCUGAAUUAAAAUUUGGAACUGUCGAGUUUACAGCACCAAAAGAAUACUGGGCAAGAGCUCCUUCACUUGUUUCUCAUAUUUUUGCCAUUGAUGUCUCAUGGAAUUCCAUCAAAAGCGGUAUGCUUGUUAGAUGCGUUGAAGCCAUUCGAGAUAUCUUGUACAAUACUCCCAAUAGUAUUCCACAAGGUGGCAAGAUUGGCAUAAUUACGUUUGAUAAGGACGUACAUUUUUACAAUCUUACGUCAACUAUCGAGCAAGCCCAAAUGUUGGUUGUACCGGACAUUAAUGACAUGUUUGUGCCCCUUCAUUCUGGAUUACUAGUUGAUCCUAUAGAAUCAAGAGAAGUGAUAGAAGGGCUGCUAAAUUGCUUGCCAACCAUGUUCGCCGAAAAUAAAACAAGUGAAUCAGUACUAGGGUCUGUCGUCAAAGCUACUCAUACUGCUCUGAAUGAGACAGGAGGAAAAGUUUUUGUUUUCCAAACAUCCCUUCCAACUUCCGGACCAGGAGCAAUAAGAAAUCGUGAUGAUUCUAAGCUAUAUAAUACUGAGAAGGAGCGAACAUUAUUUGGUCCUCAAGAUGGAUAUUAUAAGAAUCUUGCUAUUGAUUGUGUAGAUGCUGGUAUUUCGAUUGAUUUGUUCUUGUUCCCUAACGCGUACAUAGAUGUGGCAACAAUCGGGCUUCUAUCUUCCUUAACCGGAGGUGAAACAUAUUUUUAUCCAAACUUUGACGCUGAAAAGGAUGGGAAAAAAUUUGCAAAUGAGCUCAAACACGGUAUUACAAGAGAAUUCGGAUACAAUGGGUUAAUGAGAAUAAGAUGUUCCAAUGGGCUGAAAGUUGAAGAUCACUAUGGCAAUUUUAAUAUGCGAAAUUCCACUGAUCUUGAACUCGCUGGUAUUGAUAGCGACAAAGCAUUCGGUGCCUUACUAAAAUAUGAUGGUAAAUUAGACGAAAGAUCGGAUGCCUUCAUCCAAUGCGCUCUUUUAUACACAACAUCGGCUGGCGAACGAAGAGUGAGAACACACAAUCUUAGCAUACCAGUUACAACUUUACUUGGUAACGUGUUCAGGCACGCUGAUAUGGACACAACUGUGAAUUUUCUGGCAAAACAAGCCGUAGCGAAUACUGUAACAAAACCUUUACGCGAAAUCCGUGAUCAGUUGACCGAUAAAUGUGUUAAAAUAUUGAUGUCAUAUCGAAGGCAUUGUGCCGCGUCUAGCUCAGCUGGACAACUUAUUUUACCUGAAGCCUUUAAGCUGUUCCCGUUAUAUGCAUUAACAAUGCUAAAGUCAAAGGCGCUACGUGGUGGUGUAAAUCUUACAAGUGAUGCUCGUGUACAUUUUAUGCGAUUAAUAAAAAGUAUUGGUGUAGCAGAAAGUAUAGUACUAUUUUAUCCACGUAUGCUUCCGGUUCAUAAUCUCUCGGAAAAGGUUGGUUAUCCGGAUGCAUAUGGGCGGGUGAAAUUGCCACCAUUGAUACGUGUAUCAUAUGCGAGAUUAGAUCCAGAAGGAGCAUAUUUAUUAGAAAAUGGUCAAAUAUUAAUUUUCUGGAUAGGCCGUCAAAUUUCGCCUGAAUUUGUGAAAAACGUUUUUGGAGUUGAUUCUAUUGAUUUUAUUGAUCCAAAAAUCUCUUCACUACCCGAGCUUGAUAAUCAAACAUCGAUACAAAUACGCACAAUUAUUUCAUAUCUUCAAUCACAAAGGUCUAAAUAUUUGCGUUUGACCAUUGCACGAAUGCAAUUAGAUCCCACAAUAGAGAUAGAGUUUCACAAUCUUCUGGUAGAAGAUGAGAACAACUUUGCAAUGUCAUACGUCGACUAUUUAUGUUAUAUUCACAAGCAAAUACAAACAGAGGGCGAGUUUUGGUAUAAUAAAGUUGCUUUGUUGACUAGAGCAAGUAAUGGAUACUUGAAUCCCAAACUUGUACAUAAAUCAGCUUUUCAUUCAACACCAAUUCAUUUUCAAGCCUCAGAAAAGCCAAAUACUCCCGGCUUUGGCUCACCAAAAUCAUACGCCAAGAAAAUCGAAGAACUUACAGAAUACGGAAAAUAUUUAUCGUCCAUUCUCCCAAAGUACAUCCAACAAUAUUCCGUUUAUAAAGAUGAAUUGACAAUCUACGUGGCUCCAAGUGCCAUAAUUCCUGUCAUAACUUUUUUACGCGAUCACACCGCAGCACAAUAUAAACAGGUACAAGACAUAUCUGGUGUUGAUUACCCGUCACGCGAACAUAGAUUUGAAGUUGUAUAUAAUCUGUUGAGUCUACGAUAUAAUGCGCGGAUACGUGUAAAAACGUAUACGGACGAAGUAAAACCGGUGCCAUCAAUUGCCCCUUUAUAUAGCGGUGCUAAUUGGUAUGAACGGGAAGCGUAUGAUAUGUAUGGUAUUUUUUUCUCGGGACAUCCGGAUUUAAGACGGAUUUUGACAGAUUAUGGGUUUGAAGGACAUCCAAUGCGAAAAGAUUUUCCGUUGACUGGUUACGUGGAAGUAAGAUACGAUGAUGAAGUCAAAAGAGUGAUAGUAGAACCGUUGGAAUUGACUCAAGCAUUUAGAAAUUUUGAAGGUGCUGCAUCUCCAUGGGAACAGACUGGCCCUGGACGUGAUGAUCGCCCAGAAUCAUUCAAAGUUGAAAAGUUACUAGCAAAACCAACAGCCGAAGCUGAAAAGAAAUAA